GCUCUCCCGGCUCCACACUCAGCCUCAGCCUCCCGGGAAACAGCAGCGCGUUCCAGGACCCUCUGAAAAAGCGAGGGACACCAGAGAUGGCCCUCUGCGGGCCAAGCCAAGGCGGGUCUUGCUGGGUGGGGCCUGAGGGUCUUGGAAGUUGACCUCUGUGCUCCAGCUCACAGUGAAUAGCCUGCCAAGUUCUUGCGAAUCCGUGGAGGAGGAGUCCGCAGACGCCAGAGAGCUCCGGGCUUCUUCCUGGGUCACACUUGUCCACGUCUGCCUGCCUCCUUGGUUGGGAUCUGGCAACUGGAGAAAGUGGCACUUGUGUGAUCGAUAGAUCCUGAUUGGAAAGAAUCUGGCUGGCCUUCUAUCGGCCCGCCCCCAGGUCACCUCUGCCUUUAAAUCCGCCCGGUUCCAAGAGCCCCGGGUUCUGCCUCUGUUUGGGAUACCCAGUCUCUGGAUCCAAACUCUUGGCUUCGCAGGCACGAUCCAUGGCUGUGUUGAGCUGCACACGGCUGAGGUGGGCGCUUCUGGGCACGCGUGUGGCGGGCCCUGGCCUCUGCCCACAGGGGGCCCGAGCCAAGGCUGCGAUCCCGGCCGUACUCCCGGCAGACGAGAGUGUGGAGGGUCCUGGAGGAGGGCAGGACUCGCGGCGGCGGCUGCGGAGUCUGGAGGACCUUCCGGGACCGGGACCACUUCGCUUUUUAUUCCAGCUAUUCGUGCGAGGCUAUGUGCUGCGCUUGCACGAGCUCCAGACAAAGAACAAGGCCAAGUAUGGCCCAAUGUGGACAACCUCCUUCGGGGCUCAGACCAAUGUGAAUCUGGCCAGUGCCUCCCUCUUGGAACAAGUGAUGCGUCAGGAGGGCAAGUACCCCAUAAGAGACCACAUGGAACAGUGGAAGGAGCACCGAGACCACAAGGGCUUCUCCUACGGGAUCUUUGUCACACAAGGACAGCAGUGGCACCAUCUCCGGCAGGCUUUGAACAAGCGGCUGCUGAAGCCGGCCGAGGCUGCGCUCUACACAGAUGCUUUCAAUGAGGUGAUUGAUGACUUCGUAACCCGCCUAGACCAAGUGCGGGCACAAAGUGCAUCAGGGGAUCAGGUGCCAGACAUUGCUAAUCUUCUUUACAACUUUGCCUUGGAAGCCAUCUGCUAUAUCCUGUUUGAGAAGAGGAUUGGCUGCCUGGAGCCCUCCAUCCCUGAGGACACUGCCACCUUCAUCAGAUCUGUUGGGCUCAUGUUCCAGAGCUCACUCUACGUCACCUUCCUUCCCAAGUGGUCUCGUCCUCUGCUGCCCUUUUGGAAGCGGUACCUGAAUGGCUGGGAUAACAUUUUUUCCUUUGGGAAGAAGCUGAUUGACAUGAAAGUUAAGGAUAUAGAAGCCCAGCUACAGGCAGCUGGGCCAGAUGGCAUCCAGGUAUCCGGCUACCUGCACUUCCUGCUGACCAAUGAAUUGAUCAGUCCUGAGGAGGCCGUGGGCACCUUUCCUGAGCUGCUCUUGGCUGGCGUGGACACGACAUCCAACACAUUGACAUGGGCCCUGUAUCACCUUUCCAAGAGCCCAGAGAUCCAGGAGGCCUUGCACAAGGAUGUGGUGGGUGUGGUGCCCUUCGGGACGGUGCCCCAGCACAAGGACUUAGCCAACAUUCCCCUGCUCAAAGCUGUGAUUAAGGAGACCCUGCGCCUCUACCCUGUGGUCCCCACAAACUCCCGGAUCAUCAUAGAAAAGGAGACGGAAAUUGAUGGCUUCCUCUUCCCCAAGAACACCCAGUUUAUAUUAUGCCACUAUGUGGUGUCUCGGGAUCCCAGUGUCUUUUCUGAGCCCGAGAGCUUCCAGCCUCACCGAUGGCUGAGGAAGAAAGAGACGGAAAACUCCAAGAUCCAGCACCCAUUCGGCUCUGUGCCCUUUGGCUAUGGGGUUCGGUCCUGCCUGGGCCGAAGGAUCGCAGAACUGGAGAUGCAGCUCCUGUUGUCAAGGCUGAUCCAACAGUAUGAGGUGGUUCUGGCUCCUGGGAUGGGGGAAGUGAAGUCUGUGGCCCGUAUUGUCCUGGUUCCCAGCGAGAAGGUGAGCCUGCACUUUCUGAAGAGACAAUGCUGAGCUGGGCUCCUGCCUUCAUGGGGCUUGUCCAGACGCUCUGGCACAGCAGUCCCUGGCCAGUUCACAUCACAUGACAGGAUGCAUGAUUUGACAGGGAAGCUCUAUGCCCUUCCCAUAGACCCCAAAUGUCUGGCGCAAUCUUUAUUGAACACCACUCACUCAAGACAGUAGAGCAUCUCCUAUCACAUGGCAAUCCUUGGGUACAAAUGAAAAUAAAAUUUUGAAUUCACA